AUGAUUGUGAAAGAAUUUUGUAAAGCAGGUGACGCUCGACUAGCUGAAAAGAUGCAGAAGUUGCAGAAGAGUUUGGGCUGUUUGUUCCUUCUCUGCUGCAUCUGUUUGACUGAGUGCCGGGUGCUGAAGUUUGUUGUAGCUGUGUUCCGGCACGGAGAUCGAUCACCUAUUGAGUCGUAUCCCAGGGAUCCAUAUGGGGAGGAAGUGUGGGCUCAGGGUUUCGGACAGUUGACUGAGCUGGGCAUGAAACAGCAGUUUGAACUGGGGCGGUUUCUAAGGAGGCGUUACGGAAAUUUCCUCAGUGAAGACUAUAACAGCAAAGAGAUAUACGUGCGGAGUACUGACUACGACCGCACUCUGAUGAGUGCCCAGGCUUGCCUUGCUGGGAUGUUCCCCCAAACCAGACCCAUCAUGCCCCAGUUACUGUGGCGGCCUAUUCCAGUGCACACCAUCCCCAGAGCCCUCGACAAGUUGCUGAGGUCUCCAGGUAAAGACUGUCCAAGGUUCAGCGCUAUGAUGACGGAGACCUUCGAGAGUCAUCCCUACCAGAAGUUCCUUAAAGCUCACCAGUACUUUGUGGAGGCUCUCUCCAACCACACUGGCUACCCCGUGUCCAAGCUGGUUGGCAAAAAAAUAUGGAGGGUCCACGACACUCUUAACUGUGAGAGGAUUCAUAACUUGACUCUGCCACGCUGGGCCACCCAAGAGGUCUUGGACACCCUGAAGAGAAUAGCUUCCUUUGAGGUCAUGUACAGCAUCCUCAGUCACAAGCGAAAAGAGAAGGCCAGGCUCUCGGGAGGGGUCCUGCUGAAUGCCAUCCUGAGGAAUUUCUCUAAGGCUGUAGAGCAAGGGAGCACUCUCAAAUUCAUUAUGUACUCAGCUCAUGACUCUACACUCAUCACCCUCCAGGCAGCUCUGGACGUGUAUAACGGGCUUCUUCCUCCUUACGCUGCCUGUCAACUCUUUGAGUUCUACCAGGAGCAUGAUGGAUCCUAUUCUGUGGAGCUGCACUACCACAAUGACUCUCGGAACAACCCCUACCCCAACCCUGUGCCAGGAUGCAACGGGUUGAGCCCUUGUCCUUUAUCCUUGUUUAAUGAGCUGGUGAAGGACGUACUGGCAGAUGACUGGCAGGCCGAGUGUGGGUUUAAGACAAAAUGGUCAAGCGCAGGUACCAUAACAGCUCUUGCAGUGGCUGUGGGACUCCUGGCGGUGGCGCUGUUAUUCAGUAUAGGGGUGAUAAUCCUCAGGCGGAGAGGACAGUACUCCAGGGAAGUGUAG